CGCACUGCAGAGGGGGACGGGGCGUCCGGGGGGGCCGCUGCCCCUCCCCGCCGCCACCAUGGGCACCCAGGGGCUGGGGAUAACUUUUCUGACUUUGCCUCUCGUCGUGCGAGCAGCCGCGGGAGGACAGUGGUGUUACGACUCGCAGGACCCCAAAUGUGGCCCCAGCCACUGGAAGGAGCUGAAAGCCACGUGCGGCGGCGACAGGCAGUCCCCCGUGAACAUCGACAGGCGCCGGCUGCAGCGGGACGGUGGCCUCGGGGACAUCCUCUUUGAGGGCUACGACCAGGCUCCCCCGGGCAAGUGGAGGCUGGUAAAUGAUGGGCACACAGUGUUGCUGAGCCUGGCGAGCGAGCUGGCCCCUGAGCACAUCACCAUCAGUGGCGGAGGCCUCCCCGGCAGGUACCGAGCACUGCAGCUCCACUUCCACUGGGGCAGCCCAGCUGGGAAUGGCUCUGAGCACACCCUCGAUGGGCACCAGCUCCCCAUGGAGCUGCACAUUGUCCACAUGAAUGUCAAGUACCGAACGCUGGCAGAGGCCAAGGGACAUCCCAAUGGGCUGGCUGUCCUCAGCUUCUUCUACCAGGUCUCCGAAACCCCCAACACCAACUACAACACCAUCGUGGCGGGGCUGAGGAACGUCUCCCAGGCUGGAGAAUCCGUGGAUUUGGCCUCCACCUUCCGCCUGAGCACCCUGCUGCCGCGUGCCGGCCGGCUCUCUGGGUACUACCGCUACCAGGGCUCCCUCACCACCCCCGACUGCAGCGAGGUUGUCGUCUGGACCGUCUUCGAGGAGCCGGUGGAGAUCAGCCAGGAACAGCUGCGGGCAUUCGUCAGCACCCUGCACUUCCCGGCCACCGGCCCCACGCCCCUCAAAAUGACCAACAACUUCCGCCCGCCGCAGCCCCUCCGCAGCAGAAAGGUCUUCGCCUCCAGGGCGGCCACAGCCAGCAGUGGGUCCCUGUGCAGGGAGCACUGCCAGCUCCUCUCCCCCCUGCUCCUGCUGGCCCUGCUCGGCCCCUUCUCACCAACCCCCUAGGAUUCACCAGUCUCCGCACGAGCAUCCCUCCGCUGCGACGGUGAUGGGGCUGCAACCCCUCUGGUUCAUGGGGCAAAGGGGAAAAAAACAGCAAAAAAAGAGCAUGUUGAGACCUCGGCUGGGCAAAGAUUUUACAAACCUGGAUCUCUGUAGAGGUGAAUCUCUGCAAGCCUGGAAGCUCCCUGCCGUGCCCUGGUAGCCAGGUGUGGGGAGCUGGCUGGAGGGGAUGGUGGAGGGGCUGGAAUAAAGCCGAGGUGCUGGCUGCAGGUCACUGCCUCUUUGGCUCUGUG